AUGCGGCAGAUCGGCGUAGGCACUUUCAAGCUCGUGUACCAGGCCCGAUGGCAGCAACCGCAUGGGGCCAGCUCCGAAGUGGCGGUCCUGCGAAUCCGUGGCAGCGGAUCCGCUGGGAGGAUGAAAGAGUUCGAGCAGGAGGUGAAGAUUUUCCAGCACUUGGGAUUUCACCCGAAACUCCUCCAACUUCUUGCCAUCACAAACGAGCCAGGGUCAGGCGACUACUGCAUGGUGACGGAGUUAGCGUCCAAGGGUGCGUUGGAUGUCAUCCUGUCGAGCCUUGCUAAGGAACGUCAGACUCUCAGUCUACUGGUGCAGCUGCAGGUUGCAAGGCAGAUCUGCGACGGGAUGGUACAUCUUGCACUGCAUGGGGUAGUGCAUGGGGAUCUGGCAACGAGGAACGUGCUGGUGUUCCGCCUGGAUGCGCGGAAUCACCUGGAUGUGAGUGUGAAGGUCGCUGACUACGGAUUGUCCAUCAUAUCUGCGCGGUGGUACCGUCAGAGCCAUGCAGCGAGCUUCAACACGGCACGGUCGAUGACUCGGCCAGUCCGAUGGAUGGCACCGGAGAGCAUCGAAAGAAGGCAGUUCUCGGAGAAGAGCGAUGUGUGGGCGUUCGGGGUGACCAUGUGGGAGAUCUGGACCUAUGCCGAGAAAAUUCCUUAUGAGAGCGUCUCGGAGGAUUCGCUUGUGGAAACUAAGGUCCUCGGCGGUGAGCGACUUCCGAGAUCCCCGUCGUGCCCGGCAGCUGUGUACAGCAUCAUGCUGGAAUGCUGGAGGGAGCGGAAGUCAGAGCGGCCAGGGUUCAGCGACUUGCAAAGAAAGCUGCAACAACACGACUUAACGGUGGCAGAGAGUUCAAGUGAGGAUGAGCCCGAUGAUUACAGUCAGCAGUGCGUCAUCUGCUUGGAGCGAGAGGCCGUGUGGGCGCUGAUCCCCUGUGGACACAUGUGUCUCUGUGAGGUUCACAAGGAGGGAGCAGCUUCCAGGCCAUGCCCGAUCUGUCGUUCAAAUCCGACAAGCGUGCACAGGAUAUACUAA